AACCCUCGUCGUGUUCAGAAAGCUAACGAAAAUUUCAUAAUCCCUGAUUCAGCUUCAAUCAAUCAAUUAAUCUCUUUUCACUUUCCUCUGAUACCCCACCCACACACAAACGGUGUAACAAUGGUGUUUUCAGAGGAAGAAAUAACAAAGCUAUAUAGGAUCCGUAAAACGGUGAUGCAGAUGCUUAAAGACAGAAAUUACCUUGUCGGAGAUUUUGAGCUUAACAUGACCAAACACGAGUUCAAAGACAAGUACGGUGAGAACAUGAAAAGAGAAGAUCUUGUUAUUAACAAAACCAAAAAAGACAAACCUUCCGACCAGAUCUAUGUCUUCUUCCCCGAGGAAGCCAAGGUCGGCGUUAAGACAAUGAAAACUUAUACCAAUCGUAUGAAUUCUGAGAAUGUUUUCAGAGCUAUUCUCGUUUGUCAAACUAGUCUUACUCCAUUUGCGCGAACCUGUGUCUCUGAAAUUGCAUCCAAAUUUCACCUGGAAGUGUUUCAGGAGGCGGAGCUGUUGGUUAACAUAAAAGAGCAUGUGCUUGUGCCGGAACAUCAGGUGCUCAAUGAUACUGAGAAGAAAACCUUACUUGAGAGAUACACUGUUAAGGAAACUCAGUUACCUAGAAUCCAGGUAACAGAUCCUGUUGCAAGAUAUUAUGGCCUGAAGCGUGGACAAGUUGUUAAGAUAAUCCGACCAAGUGAGACAGCAGGAAGAUAUGUUACAUACCGAUUUGUUGUAUAAGGAUUUCCUUGCCUACCCAUAUUUUUUAGAAGCAUGGACAAUGAUUUAUACAGCCUUUUUUUUUUUUUUUUUUUGUAAUAGGUGACAAUAACUACAUUUUAGUAGCUUGUGUUUACCUAUCUGUUGUAAGUCCUAAGGAAAUAAGACUAAAAUCAUUUUCAUGUGUACUAAGAGUCCGAGACUAAAUUCCUUGUGGAACAAUCUUGAAUUUAUAGUUCUAUAUGUUUCCCGGUCAA